AGCUCUCAGUCUAACUUAUGUUUUGAAGGCUGCAAGAUGCGUCUAGUUGUCGUUAUUUUUGCGGUGAUCGCCGUUCUCCUGGUUUCGAACACCGAGGCUGCCGUAUCCAGGGGUGUUUUUAAGGAUCCAGCUCAUCCUGGAAAGUGUGUCGUUGAUGGCCUAGUCCUUCAAAAGGGUCAGACUGCACGCCACCCAAAAAGGUGUGAGCGAAUUAUUUGCGGAGACAAAAGCGAGGCAGAGAUCCAAACAUGCGGUGCCUAUGGACUCCCCCCUGGGAAGAAAUUCGGAAAGUACAUAGCUCCAAAUGCUGAUUAUCCCGCCUGCUGCGAUCGUGAGAUUAUCAACAAGUAAUACUUGGCACAAAUAAAUAAAAAACUGGGAGAUAUAUAUAUAUAUAUAUAUAUAUAUAUAAUAUUACCCUAGAUUUGGUAAAAUUCUCAUUAUAUUUUAAUAUGUCGUCAUAUGUGGUAAACUUAUUUUUUUAAUUUACUCAAUAAGUUUUAAAUGGCUCUAAUUUAUACCUAAGGUCUGUGAUAAUGAAUGCUUAUGAAGACCAACUGGUAAUAUGCUCCCUGUUAAUAGGCUAAUAUUUCUUUUUUAAAAGCAAUGUAAUAUGUUUAAAUAUAAAUUUGAAUGAAUAAAUGUAAGGGUAUGUA